AUGUCAGAAUUCAAUGCAAUUGAUUUAGAUCAGGUGAUUGGUAAAUCACAAUAUGCUUUAUAUGAAUAUCAUUUUGCACAAGCUGAUCCACAUGAUCAUGGCAUAGUUAGUUCAAUUGAAGCUAAUAAUUAUUUUCAACGUGCACAUUUAAAACCUGAUCAAUUAAAAAUUAUAUGGAAUUUAGCUGAUCCACAUGGUCGUGGUUAUUUAGAUCGACGAGGAUUUUAUAUAGGAUUAAAGUUAAUAGCACUUGCACAAAAUAAUUUAGAUUUUAAUGAUUAUACAAAUAUAACAAAAGAUAUUGUACCACCAAAUUUAGGUGGUGAUAUACCACAAUCAAUAAUUUUAGCUAUUGCUGAUGUUUGGACAAUCGGACCAUCGGCUCGUUGUACAUUUGAUGUGGCAUUUGAAAAAUUAAGUGGAACAAUGAGUAAAUUACCUGGUUCAUCUGUUAAACCAAUUUUUCUUAAAUCUGGUUUAUCAGCUGAUCAAUUACAUAAAAUAUGGGAAUUAAGCGAUAUUGAUGAAGAUGGUGCACUUGAUAGAAAUGAAUUUGCUAUAGCAAUGUUUCUUAUACAUGGUUUAAAAAUAUCGACAAUUCGAGAAUUACCUGAACGUUUACCAACAAAUUUAAUGCCUAUACGAAUGCGUCGCGUUUCAGGAGUUGAAGCUGGAAUAAGUAUACCAAAUAUUGUAGCAGCUAGUAAUAUGUUACCAUCAUUAGCACCAUCACAAGUUUCACCAUCGAAACGAACUGAUGAUCAUUGGAUUGUUAGUUUAGAAGAAAAACAAAAAUUUGAUAUUUUAUUCCAACAAUUAGAUCUUGAUAAAGAUGGAUUUCUUACAGGUGGAGAUGUUUUUCAAACAUUUCUUGCAAGUGGUUUACCAAAUUUUGUUUUAUCACAUAUUUGGAAUAUAUGUGAUAUUGGUCAAACUGGAAAACUUAAUGCAGAACAAUUUGCAUUAGCUUCCUAUUUUAUUAGUCUUAAAUUACAAGCUCCAAAUUAUCAAAUUCCAAUGGAACUUUCACAUGAUAUGAUUCCACCAUCACUUCGACCAAAAACAUUUUCCGUCAAUGAAAGUGAUAAUGCUGAAUUACAACGAUUAUUAAGCGAAGUAAAUGCAUUAACUAGUGAGAAAAGUUUAUGCGAAAUAAAAUUUAAUGAAAAACAACAAGCCGUUAAAGAUAAACGUGCUGAAUUAUCAUCACUUGAACUUCGUUCUGGUACAGUUAAUGCAACAUUAGUUGAACGUCAACAACGUAUGUCAGAAAAACAAAAUGAAUUAAGCGAUAUACAAAAUCGAAAAGAUAAAACAAUUAAAGAUAUUCAAGAUAUUGAACAACAAAUAAAAGAAGAAAAUCAAUUAAUUGAUAAAGCACGAGAAAAAAUAAAUGAUUUAUCGGUUGAAACUGAUGCACAACAAGAAAUACGUCAAACAUUGAAUAAAAUAAAAGAAGAAAAAAAUACUAUUGAAAAUCGUCUUUUAAAUAAACAACAACAAUUAAGUCAAAUUAAACUUGAUCUUGAACGUUAUCAACAUAUUGUUGAAGGACAACGAACUUUAAUUGAUGAAUAUAUGAAAAAUGAACAAAAAGAUUCGCCAGCAGCUAUUGCUGAGUUAACAAAACGAUUUAAACAACUUGCUGAUAGUCCUAUUCAAUCAGUACAACCCGCUGUCAUCAAUAAAAUAGCUUCUCCACCACAACAACAACAACAACAACCACCACCACCCCAAUCAACACCUUUCGCAGAUCCAUUUGGUUUACCUGCAAAUACAAAUAAUACAUUUAAUGCAUUUGGUACCACUAGUGAUGCAUUUGGAACUGCUCGAGCUGAUGAUCCCUUCUUUUCAGCAGCAGCAUCAGCUGCAAUACCAAAUCAAAAAUUAGACGAAUCAGAUCCAUUUCGUUCGGGUGAUUUUGAUGCUGCACAUGAAUUAAUGAAAAAUACUAUGGCACAUCGUUCGAAAACACCUGGAGCAAAUAUGUUUGGUGGUAGUGAUUUUAGUCAGGUCAGUGCACCACCUGCUAAUCGACCACAAUCAGCAAUGGCAUGGGAACCAACACGUCAAGCACCUCCACAACCUGGUACACAAGCAUUUACUGAUCUUUUCGAUGUUUUCGGUUCAUAG